CUAGAUGGAGUGCAUGCGGCGGGGAGCUCAGUCAGCCCCCAGCAGCCAAGGGAGGCGCACGUACGGUUCCUCUCUCUCUCCACCCUCGCCUCUUCCUCUCCAUCAUGAGCAUAGAUCUCGACACGAACCGCAACUCCAUCCUGCAGGCCUUCAACGACGUCGUGAGUGACAAGACAAGCACGGAUUGGGCUCUGUUUGGAUAUGAAGGACAGACAAAUGUGCUUAAGGUGGUGGGAACAGGAGAGGAUGGACUGGAAGAGUUGGCAGAGGAUCUUAAUAGCAGCAAGAUAAUGUAUGCUGUGGUGCGUGUUACAGAUCCAAACACAACCAGGUUUAAGAUCGUGUUAAUAAAUUGGCAAGGAGAAGGUGCGCCAACUUUACGAAAAGGAACAUGCGCAAGACACUUAGCCGAUGUACACAAACUAUUGCGUGGAGUUCAUGUGACGGUAAAUGCAAGAACGGAGGAGGAGGUCGAGCCAGAGUUUGUGAUGGCAGCGGUAUUAAAAGCAUCAGCCACGACCUACAACUUCAGUGAUCGGUCGGAGAUGAAUGACAAAACAACUCCAGUGCCGAAGCCUCAGGUCCUUAGAGGUGCUGCUGUAGCCUGUGGUGAUGGCCCCAAAACUUUUCCCUCUAUAAAGCCUAAACCUAAACCGAAGCUUGAUAUGGGAACCAAUUACAAGCGCACAAAUCCGCUUGCGGAAAUAGACUCCAAGUCGCGCAACAAAUUCUGGGAAGAGCAGGAAGUGGAAGAAAGGAGGAGGAAAACAGAAGAACAGCAGAAAAAAGAGGAGGAGCUGAAGAAACUCGAGACCGAGAGAAGACAGAGAGAGAUUAUUGAUACUAAACAAAGAGAGCAGUUAACCAAGGAGAGAAAUGCACGCAUAAUGUCAGAGCGCAAAGCAGAAGAAGCUGCUGCCCUACGAUGUGCCCAGAAGGAUGAUCCGAAGUGGCAGCAAGAGCUAGAGAACCAACAGCGUGAAGAAAAUGAGCGAGCAAAACGAGCAGAAAUGAUGCGAUUGGAACGGAAAAAGGAGGCAGAAUCUCUCAUUGGGCACAGGACGCACUCAACACGCGCAAUCUUUGAGUCCUGCAGCAGUGCUAGCAACUCUCAGCCAUCAGCCCAAGACAGGAAUCGUCCUCCCCCUCGCAAGUUAAAGGAAUUCAAGCCAGUGAAUAUCCCUGCAAGAGAAGAGAGUGAGGGAGGAACCUCGACGCCAGGCAGAGGGGUGGCUGCACGCUGGCCCCCUGCGUCUGAAUCACCACAACAGCAAGUAACGCCCAAGCAACAGAGAGUUAACACAAUCGGAACAGUCAACGUAAACACGCCAGUCCAGUCCAUUGUUCCUUCGGCAUCCUCUCCCCCUGCUCCACCAAGCAAACAACCUCCAGAGUCGUCCAAACCUCAAACGGAGGUAGGAGGCAGCACAGGGUAUGUGAGGAACUUGCUACGAGAAGGCCUUCCUACUCGACCUGACUCAGACGAUGAGGACCAGAACGCGGAGAAAGACGAGUGGGAGGAAGAUGCGCCCGGGAGUCAGCCCCAACCACCACCACAACUCCCACAACAGUCCCCACUUCGUAACACCACCACCACCACCAUUACUGCCAGCCCUGUCACCUUGCCUACCAGUCACCACCACCACAACAACCAAAAUCCACCGACGAAUCAGUCUCCUCCUCCCCCCCUUCCCUCGUCUUCCCCUCCAGCCCCUACCUCCCACACCCCACCAGUCCCCGCUCUCAAGCAUCCUUCUACCCAGACCACAGUCAUCCCAGUCUCACAGCAACACCACAGCGUGCCUCAGCCUCAGCCUGAAAAUGAAUUCCAGGUUCCCCCACAUCACACUAAUGGUAAUGCAAAAGCAGAUAUAUGUGAUACCACGAUAGAAAUGGCAAAAGGAAGUUAUCAUAAGAAUAUUCCUGAGGAAGAUGAUCGCAACUUCAAGGUGCAGUCUGCAACCACAAAUGGUGCAGCAAACAGUAAUGUGACUUAUGAUACAACCGUCCAAAGCAAUUCGUCUGCUGCUGCCUCGCCCAGCGCAGAAAUUCCUGGUAUUGGCAUGAUCUAUGAAGUGGAUGGUGUAGAAUACCAGAUUCUGCCAGAACAUGGCCUCUGUGCGAGGGCCCUCUACGACUACCAGGCUGCUGAUGACAGUGAGAUAACCUUUGACCCAUCUGAGAUUAUCACAAACAUCGACCAGAUUGACGAGGGAUGGUGGCAAGGCAUUGGUCCCGAUGGGAUGUUCGGUCUUUUCCCGGCCAAUUACGUAGAGCUAAUCAACCAGCCGCCAGUUUGAGCUUCAGCCUGGGGUCCUAAUUCUGUAUUCUAGAGGAAAGGUUUAGAGAGUGUGGUUCUUGGGCUCUCACAUUCAUGGACACACUCCAGUAUGUGUUGGUUGGUUUGGAAGGAACUUUCUGUAUUGAUGGUGGUACUUACUGUCAAAAGUUGUAAAUUUUAUCCAGUUAGAUGGUCUUUUGGAUCAGUAUUUAUGCAAGUAUUUUCAGAAUGAAAUUACAGAAGUAUACAAUGAGAUUGUAUUUGAUAGAUUUGUAAUCUCGGAUUAGGAUUCAUUCUACACACCUACGUGCAAAUGCUUCCAGACAUACACCCACACCCACACCUAAUCCUGUACUUGCACUCACACUCACACUCACACUCACACUCACACUCACACUCACACUCACACUCACACUCACACUCACACUCACACUCACACUCACACUCACAC